AUGGCUGACGAUAUCAAGCUUUCCAACGCCGUCUGCGAACAACUGCAGAGCCUGAACCGUGACUAUUACAACACACUUUCCAGAAAGCGCGACGAAUGCUGUGACAUGGUCGUUAAUUUUCUCCGAGAUCACAUGAGUGAAGUGCAUAACGCGGAAGACAAGGGGUCCCUGUUGAAUUCUCUGAACAACCUGUGCACAUCGCUGAGGGCGGAUGUCUUCUGUAUUCCAGGUGCAACUGGGAUACCGAGCGACCAACUUCAGACGCAACUCGACGUUAAGAUAGCUGAGUUCUGCUCUUAUCACAGGCACUCAUCGGGGAGGAUUAUGCCUCUGAAAGUACUCCACAAUUACCUCAACAAGGAUAGACCUAGCGCCCACGCCAUCGAGCUAAGAGACAUUGUAGCAUCCCUCAAACGUCUGAGGGAGCUUUCCAGUGACUACGAAUUACUUCCAAACAGGAUUGGUAGUGACGAGAAGAAAUAUAUAAGUUUGGGUGACAGCAAUAUGGGCGAAAACUCUCUGAGAAUUCUCUCUUUCCUAUUUGAUACCGACGUAGCAAUGCCUUUCACCACCGUUGAUAAUUUGAGGGAGCUAAGUCAGUGGUCAAGGGAGCAAUGCGAGCAGGAGCUUGAGUAUAUGAAGAGUAAGGGACAGCUGUUGGUGGACACGCAGGCAGAUGGUCCUAUACGCUACUACUUAAAUCUUCCCCUAUCAGUUUAG